AGCUGCAAUUUGAGACAUGUCUAGAAAUGGUAUUGGAGUUGGUAUACCAGAAAAUUGGGUGUCUAAUGUUUACUGGUUAGAUACAUGGAAAGAAGCUCACAAGCAUGUCAUUGAACCAAUCACAGGGCCUGAUAUGUGGACUCCAUCAGAGUGUUCCACAACACUCGUUCCACCUACACAUCAUAAGCAGGUGGAAAGGCCAAAGAAAAUGAGGAGAAAGUCUAUUGAGGAGGUUCAAGAAUCAUUUGACAAAGGCGGUAAAAUGACAAGGAAGGGGAGCACUCCAACAUGUAGCAAAUGUGGGAAUAAGAGGCACAAUUGUAGAAGCUGCAAAGGUCAAGGUGAGUCUCGAGGUUUAGCAAUUAUAGCACAAGAAUUUGUUUCACAAGAUGCAACACAAGGUGCACCAUAGGCUACUCAAGAAUGAUGUUAAGGAUGUUUAGGUAUAUGUUUGACUUAAGUUUAGACAUGUUUGACUUAUGUUGGGUAUGUUUGUUUGGGUUAGUGACUGAUGUUAUCUUUGACUUAUGUUAA